GGCAUGAGUGAGGUUAGGAACACAACUGGUGGCUACAUUGAGGCUUUUAGGAAGGUGUUUGGGGUGUGUUAGAAGACUUAGUCCUUCACAAUGUGUGAUCUGUUUUUGGGAACUUGGAAACUAAUUUCAAGUGAAAAAUUUGAUGACUACAUGAAGGAGCUGGGUGUGGGCUUUGCCACUAGGAAAUUAGCUGUGGUUGCCAAGCCCAAUGUAAUUAUCAGCAUCAAUGGGAGUGUUAUAACCAUCAGGACAGAGAGCAACUUUAAGAACACUGAGUUUUCCUUCACAAUGGGAGAAGAAUUUGAUGAGAUCACAGCAGAUGACAGAAAAGUAAAGAGUGUUGUGACACUAGAUAAUGGCUCACUCAAUCAGGUGCAGAAAUGGGAUGGCAAAGAGACAAUAAUAAAAAGAAAAAUAGAGGAUGGAAAAAUGAUUGUGGAGUGUGUUAUGAACAAUAUUAUCUCCACUAGAGUGUAUGAGAAAGCAUGAAAAAUCCAUAUUGUACAAAUUGGCAGGAUCCCAAAGCAAAACAUGAAGCUUGGUUCAGGGAGCAGAGCCUUACCAAUCAUGUUCUUCAGAAGCUGAAUUUGACGGGCCAGCUCCCAACUACUUUUGUACCUAAUCCGAAAUAUUUUGGUUAUUCAAUAAAGUGUUUACCUUGAGAUGGAAAA